AUGUUGCACCCCAAAUCCAUUCAUGUAGUGAAAGUCUUGUGGAGAAGUCAAACUGUUGAAGAAGCUACAUGGGAGCCUGAGGCGCAGAUGUGGGUCAAGGGGGUGGAUUGUAAAUUAUCACUUCCCGGGAUUGACUCCGCCGUAGCACGAUAUUGUCCGCUUUGGGCCCCCCUCUCUGACCUCAAAGUUUUGUUUCUGGGAACUCACGAGCAACUUCCCAGUGGGUCACUCAUCCUGGGAUUGCUCUAG